AUGGGCUUCUGUAGUACAGUUGGGCGGGAAACGUCUGUACGCCUCAGAGGCUGUCCAGUUAUUGAAACUGGGGAAGAGGACGACACAGAAAGUAGAGCGUGCGUGCAGUCUCGCAGUGUAGAGAAUAAGCCAGAAGCAAAACUGGUGACUGGCGCUCUAUUUGUAGAGGGAGCAGAAAGGGAUGAAGCUGAUGUCGAGCAUCUAGUCUGUGUAAAGCAUGUACUGAACACAGAGAAGCAUCGACUUCAUGUCGUGCCAGAUGCUGUUAUGGAAACAACGGGAAAUGAGUGCAUUGCUGUCGUUCCACUCAGUUUCAUCGGAGGGAUAGCGUGGUGCAGAAUCGCAAACCUCAGCAAGAGGGGUUGCUGGCUGAGGCGGUCAGUGACUUUCGACAUUCCACCUGACUCUUUCAGGAGAGAUGUUGAUGCAGGUGGGCAUAAGAGAUGCUGA